ACGACUUCGAGCGCUCUGAGGAGUCUAUGGCUCUGCAGUGCUUGAGCCACUUCACUGGUGACACUAUCAUUCAUGUGGGUGAGGUGUUUGGCCAAACCAUCUGUCGUCCAGGUGCAUGGGGCAGGUCUACAGCAGACACCUUCCAGAUAGAACUGGCCAAUACGUUCCAUAGGAUACUACAGGUGUGUGUGUGA